ACUCAGCGGCACUUCCUUUGGCACAGGAUUAAAAAUUUUUGGAAGAAGGGAGGGACUGGUGCGAGGCUGGUGGUGGUUGAAGUGCGACACGCGAGAGAUGAAGACGUUGGUGACGCCAUUAAGGACCUCCCCGUUUUCUCGCUUAAAUGGCCAUAAUGUCCUUCUACUCCCUCUCUCUUCAAUCUCACGCUACUCUUCCUUACCAAAUUCGUUGACGUUCUCCUCUCGCCCACCUCGCUCUUUUUCCAUGGCCGCGUCAUCGCAAUCCACAUCUCCGACUGUGUCGCCAGGAGAUGUUAACAUCGACAAAGACAAGGUUUUCCAAUUGAUUCAAGCUCAUCAGGAGAAAGCUGCUCGACUUCCACCAGUUGAAGAAAUUCGUACUAUGCUUGAUCGAAGUGUACGGGGGAUGCUUUCUACAUUUUCUCAGAAGCAUGAGGGUUAUCCAUCAGGGUCUAUGGUUGACUAUGCAUGUGGUGCAGAUGGAUCUCCUAUACUAGCAGUGAGCAACCUAGCAGUUCAUGCAAAGGACUUAAUUGCGAAUCCCAAAUGUUCAUUGCUUGUGGCGAGAGAUCCUGUAGAUAGGACUGAUUUAGCAAUAACUUUACAUGGCGAUGCUUUUGCUGUUCCUGAAAAGGAGAAAGCAGCCGUUCGAGCUGCAUAUUUGGCAAGACAUCCCAAUGCAUUUUGGGUUGACUUUGGGGACUUCUACUUUCUGCGCAUUGAACCUAAAGUGAUACGUUUUGUGUCUGGGGUUGCAACAGCUUUAUUAGGAUCUGGAGAGUUUAAUGAAGCUGAGUAUAAAGCUGCAAAAGUUGAUCCCAUAGCUCAGUUUUCCAAGCCAGUGGCGUCUCAUAUGAAUAAAGACCAUGCUGAAGAUACAAAAGUGAUCGUACAGCACUGGACAUCAGUUCCGGUGGACUUUGCAUUCAUGACAGAUUUGGAUAGCCUUGGUUUCUACGUGAAGGCUGGUUAUCAGGGUGAUAACUUUAAGCUCCGAGUUCCUUUUCCUCGGCGUGCAGAAGACAGAAAGGAUGUAAAAACUCUUAUUGUUGAGAUGCUUCAAGCUGCCAAGAGUCAAGUUGAUUAAUCCAUUCCUCCAUCGAUAAAAGGUACAGAAAAGCAGGUAAAGAGACAAUUGAAAGAUGGACGGAAUGAGAAGUUAUUUUCUCUGAUCGUCUCUCUGGGCUGAAAUUCUGCAGAACACAGUACUCAUCGACAAGCAGGGCACCUUUGAAGGGUUACAUCAUGCAUGUACAUUUAUAUUCCAGGGAUAAAAGGACAAUAUAACUGGCUAGUUUUGUUCACUUUUCCAUUGCAGUGUGUCGAAAUAUUCAAGGGAAAAAGAAAACAUAAAAAAUUCGGAAAGAAACAGUGAAUAGUCUCUAAAAGACAGGCACCGUUUGUCUUUAUAUGCGCAAUCUUUCUACAGGUGUUCUCUU